AUGUCACGGCCUACUCAGCCUGAUUUUCCAAAACUCAGUAAAACUACCACGUCAGUAACCUCUAUGCAAAAUCGUUUGUCAGAAAAUCUCGCGGCCGCGGCGCUCGCAGCCGUGGAAGAGGAGCAUCGGCGACUAGUUGGCGACUUUUUCAAUACCGCCUCAACAGGUCCACGAGUCGGAGGAUCACGCGAGGUUCCGAAGUCUGCUGAUGGAGCUAUGUUGUGUGGCACUGCAGCUGAAUUGGGUUCGGAGCUGUGCGACAUGGCAUUAAUGGCGGGACCUGUAAUGAUGAGCAGGGAUCAAGGUAGUAAUGAGUAUGCAAUUGGUCCAGAAUUCCGCAUCCCCGACUUCUCCCGUGUCGCUGACGUCGCUUCGGCUGAGCGUGGAUCUCUCAGCGCGACCUUGGCACCGGCCUCGGCCGUUUCCUCCAGUCGCUUGCCUACGUUGCAUCCGUUGAACAGCGUUGUAAUGGGUGGAAGGUCGGAACCCAUGCACUCCACUAAUAACGUUGCUGCGAUGCUCCUUUCCAACUGUCCCGAGAACGCUGCCUCGGCAGCUGCGGGGAUGUUGACGGCAGCAGUAGCCGCGACAUCGGCCAGCGCGUCGUCCUUGGACUCGCUCUCUCGCUUCAUGACCGCUUCCAGCCUUCCGGUUUCUUCCCACAGCCCCUCCCAGCGAUUGCCGGGGUCCGCGACGGCAAUUCACGAUGGCAGCACCCAAGCAGCGCGCCCGAGAUUACUGGGACAGAAUAGGGUACCUUCUAGCCCCAGCUGCACUUUCCAGAUGGUCCGUAGCCCAGUGCAAGUGGGGGCUAAUGGCGGAGCCGGUCUUGGGGCUCAACCCAAUGAUCAGUCAGGCGCGGGUGCUUCUGUAGCGGGCGCGGAACCAUCUGAGCGGGCAUCUGCUGCCACGGAUGCACUUGACCCACAACGGCCAGCAACCACCAACGCGGCGGUGGAGGGCAGAGGUCAAAGAGCAGUAGUGCCAGGAGCUACAGGAGUGAAUGCGAUGGAAAAUUCCGCCGCGCAAGGUCUGCAUGUAACGCCAAUUGGCAGGGCGGUUCGAGCCGUGGGAGAAUGGGCGACGGAGGCAGGAGGAGGCGAUGUGUUGACGCAGGGCAUGACCGGCUGCCGUAUGCUGGUGCCAGGAGCGGGGCAGACGCUCGCAAACGCCGGGCUGACGUCAUGCUCGACUUCGUGGGGACUGAGAAAGGGGCACGCAUCGGGAGUCGUGGAGCCGCGGAUGGCGAAUCAUGUGGGGAAGGAUGCGCUGCUGCAGCAGCUGUGGAUGCAGCAGCUGGGGCUGCAGGAGCAGAAGGAGGCCGGGGGGAUGAGCGCACGCGAUGGUGGAGUGGACAAGGGUGCGCAGAUGGAGGCAUGGUCGGCAGCCAUGGGGGCAGGAGGGCGCGAGCAGGGAGAGGCGGCGAGAGUGCAGGGUGAGGCGGGCCGUGCGUGGCACAGCGACAAGGAACUCAUGGCGCAGCAGAUGAUGGCGUUGCAAGGCCUGCUCGCUGUCGGUGACUUCUCCACACUGGCACGGCCUAGAGGCGACGGCCUGCAGCAGCAAAUCGGACAGCAGCAGCAGCAGCAGCAGCAAGGCCAACAGCGCCCACAGCUGAUGAGGCAACUUGAGCCGACUCUGCAUCAGAAGGCUCAGGGUGAUGGCAUGCAAGAAAGCCGAGCAAUGCAGAGCAAUCGGAACGCACAGAGCCCUGGGGAUGCGUGGCAAUUCGGUGUAUUGGAGGGGUCAGUGGCGCAAGGGCGGGAGGAGGAGGGGCGAGAAGGGGGAGGGCUUGUGGCGACAAUCGUUAGGCAGAGCAGCAUGCAGGUAGGGGCAGAGGCACACGCGGCGCAAGCACAAAGGGCGCUGGAGGAGGCAGCAAAGCAAAAAGGCGACGCAUGCCUUGAGGGCAGUGUAAGCCUGGGGACACGUGAUUUUGGGCUUGGAGACAGUGGUAAAGAGAAAGUCGACAAGGCAGGAGGAGGUGGUAUGGCGGAAGUAAGGGGAGGGAAAUGGAGACAUGAGAUGGGGAUGAUGGGUUCAAGCUUGAUUGGGCGAGGCGUGAUUAUGGGUGGGAAAGAGAUGAAGAGUACAGGAAGUUUGGGAUUAAGAGGCGGGAUCUUGGGAAGAGGCAGAGUUGGAGGAGAGGAAGGAGCGAGCAGUGGGAGUGAUGGGGACGAUGUUGACGAUGCCUGGGGGCACGCGGGCAUGGAGGAUGGAGCGUUCAUGGAUGGGACCUCGGGAGGACAUGCCAUGGUUGCUGCACGAUGCAGCAGUGCGGCAGCAGAGGAGACGGAGGUGGCAGGGGCGAACAGCGACGACCUUGCUCUGGAAUGGAGCAGGCGAAUGAGAAGGAUGAAGAGCAACCGCGAGUCGGCCAAGAGGGCGCGCAUCAAGCGGCAGCGCCGCCUGCAGGAGCUGGAGGUCCUGACCUCAUCACUGCAGCGGGAGAAUGCUGAUUUGAGUCAGCAAGUGGUUGAGCUGAGUCAGCAGAUGCAGCAGAGCGAGGCACAGAAGGAGGAGCUAGAGAAGGAGGUGGAAGCGCUGCGCGCAUGUGCCCUGGCCAUGGGCACUGGAGGAGCGGCCACACCCACAGCACCCGUCACACACAGCACACGGUCUCCACACACGGCCCCUAACCCCUUCACACUGCCCCCACGCAUGGGUGUCACCACCCAUGCCUCACAGUGUGAACCUCCAGGAGGAGACCGUACCCGCCAGCCCCAUGAGACCACCAGUGUCACUGUAGCCGCACAGGAUGCUGUGGUUGGGGAUGAAGAGGGGAAGGAGGUCGCAGCUGUGGAUGCUGCACUGCUGCCUGUGUGCAUAGACGAGGAUUCAGUCACGGGUUUCGUGUGA